AGUGAGAACACAAAACGGUGUGAACUGUUGGAGCAUGUCAACAUUAUUUUGAGUUUCUUAGUUGCGGCAUAUAUUUUAACAUAAACGCUUAAUUCCGGACUCAGAAGACGACAUCAUCAGGAGGUUAAACGGUUGUCAGAUUUAUUAGGAAUACUUUGAGGCGUUUAUGUUUCUGUUCAGAGCAAUAAACUAGCUAAAUUUAGCUUAUAACGGUGCUAACUUAGCUUGUUUUGGCAUCCUUUACUGGCUGCGCUGCUGAAUUUGCGGUUUUAUAGCCAAACACACAUUGACCAGUCAGAUUUAAUGAUAUGUUACUGUGCUUUAGUUGACACCAAGAUGUUAGGCACUUCCGUUUCUCUGCAGCCCCGUGGCAGACAGUGAUGUUUAGGCUGACUGGUCUUUUCAGAGCAGCACGCAGGACCGUCUGCAGCGCCGCCGACGACAUGGCGAAGGGCAAGUUUUUCUACGCAGUAAAGAAAGGAUUCAAACCAGGAGUCUACAGUUCAUGGGAUGAAUGUAAGAGCCAGGUGGACAAAUUUCCAUCCGCUUCUUUCAAGAAGUUUGCUUCAGAGAAAGAUGCUUGGGCGUUCUUCAGAGGAGUCGAACCUUCUGCUGUUCCUGAGGUGAAGAAAGUGACUCAGGUUGAGGAGCCAGCAGUCACUCUGCUUCCCAAAAGGGGCCCAGAGCCUCUGGAGUACAUCCCUCUUGGUAAGAAGAGAUGUCACUCAGAGGAGGAGGCGGAGUCUCAUCCCAAACGAGUUAAACCGUCGGAAAGCUUGUCUUCGGAAAGCACAGAUGGAUUCACAUACAUGGGUGAUGCUGUGGUCGUUUACACCGACGGUUGCUGCUCUGCCAAUGGACAGAAGGGCGCCCGAGCCGGCAUCGGCGUGUACUGGGGCCACAACCACCCACUGAAUGUUGCUGAGCGGCUGCACGGAAGACAAACCAACCAGCGUGCAGAAUUACAGGCAGCCUGCAAAGCGCUGGAACAAGCCAAAGAGAUGAACAUAAAAAAGUUGGUACUCUACACUGACAGCAAGUUCACCAUCAAUGGUGUGACCAGCUGGGUGAAGAACUGGAAGCUGAAUGGUUGGAGGCUGAAAUCUGGAGGUGAGAUCACCAACAAAGACGACUUUGUGAUGCUGGACAGACUGAAUGCUGAGCUGGAGGUGGUCUGGAUGCAUAUUCCCGGUCACGCCGGCUACAGAGGCAACGAGGAGGCCGACAGACUGUCGAGGGAAGGAGCAGCGAAGCCUUUAUAGCAGCAGCAUGAAGGAAAAGGGACUAUUACAGUUGAGAGAUCUGCUGCAGGACUGUUCACUCUGGUUUGUCAGCCAGUCGGCUGCUUUGAUACAGAGGUUUGUUUUUCUCUCAACAGCGCUUGUGACUGAACCGAAACUCGGUCGGAGGAGUCUUUGUGUUUGUCGGUUUUUAUGUGAAAUGUUUAUUUUAAUUUUGUGUUUCCCGCUCUAAAUAAAGUUAUAAGUUUCUGGUUUAA